AUGCAGACUGUUCACCAUGACCAGAAAUCACCCAAAGAAGAGAAAUACUACACGUCUGUUUUUCCGAAGAUAGCAGAGCUGGCCUCCAGCCUGCCUCACGAUAUCAAGAAGGCUAUCCCUCUACUCCAGAAGGGCCAGACUCAGUCCAUCACGUUGUCCCAGAGACAGAUAGCUUGUCUGCUGGCCAACGCCUUCUACUGCACCUUCCCCCACCGCAACUCUCCCAACCCCAGAGCAGAGUACCACAACUACCCCACCAUCAACUUUAACAGUCUGUUUGAAAAGUGGUCUGAGAGGAAGAGAGAGAAGCUGAGAGCCCUCCUUCAUUACUUCCACACUGUCACAGACCCAGCGACCAGGCCCUGUGGACUGGUGACCUUUGAGAGGCGCUACAUCAGAGACAGAGACAUGCCCAACUGGGGGAGUUGUAAGGAAACUGUUCCUAAACUCCAUGUCACCUCAGCAGGCUGCAUAGAGGAACAGGGAGCAGGGAUGUUACAGGCGGACUUUGCCUGUAACAUGAUAGGAGGUGGAGUGUUGGGCUCAGGUCUGGUUCAAGAGGAGAUUCUGUUCCUGAUGAACCCUGAACUCAUCGUAUCUCGACUCUUCACUGAGAAACUAGGAGACAAUGAGUGUCUCUUCAUCACAGGUUCUCAACAGUUCAGUCAGUACAGUGGCUACAGUGACACUUUUAAGUGGGAAGGGCCUCACAGAGACGACAUUGAGAGGGAUGAGUGGCAGAGGCUACACAGACAGAUUGUGGCCAUGGAUGCUCUCCACUUCAGACACCAGAGAGAACAGUACAACAUGAAACAGGUCACCAGGGAACUCAACAAGGCGUACUGUGGCUUUAAGGCAGAUGACAACACUUACCCAGACUUCCUUCCUGACAUCGCCACGGGAAACUGGGGCUGCGGAGCCUUCAAUGGAGACCCCAAACUUAAAGCUCUGGUCCAGCUGAUGGCUGCAGCCAGGGCUAAGAGGGGCGUGGCCUUCUUCACAUUCAAGAACUUCAGCUUGAGAGAGAGCUGCAGGACAUGCACCACCUACUGGUCACACACAUAACUACAGUGGGUGAGCUGUAUGAGUUGCUGGUUGACUACUGUGCUGUGAUACAGUUGGCUCACACACAUGUGGACCUGUUUGACUGGAUCAGGAAUAACCUGAAACACAGGAGUCAGCUGUGAGGACACAUCUACAUACUCUAAAGGAGCUUCCUUUCCUUGUCUCCUUUCCUUUUUUUCACAUUAUUGAGAUGCACCCCAGAGAUAGAGUGGCUCUAUGAAUGAUCUGUGGAUAGAAACAUGGUACAAUUCCGAGUAAUGGUUGAUUAUGAAUGUGUUUGUCUUUUCAAUAGUUACACUGUUCCUAAAUCAAACUGAUAUAUUUGUAACUACUGCAUACUGAACUAUUUAGAAAACGACUAAAUGUGAUGAUAAAACGAAGCUAAUGAAAUGAUGUCAACAAAAUCAGGGUUCCUGCUUUUUGAUUUGUCCCUUGAUAGCCAACAACUUAUCCAAACACUGGAAACUAUGCACAUAACAGGAGGUUGGUGGCACCUUCAUUUUGGAGAACGGGCUCGUGGUCAUGGAAACAGUGGAUUGGUAUCAAAUACAUCAAACAUAUGGUUUCUAUGUGUUUGAUUCCAUUCCAAUUUCUCCUUCCCGGCCAUUAUUAUGAGCAGUUCUCCUCUCAGCAGCCUGCUGUGAUGCACAAGAAGUGUACUGUAAAAUACUCUAGAAUUAUUAUUAUUUUUAAAUGAUUAAUCAAUUCCUCUUUAUAAUCCAGUAAUAAAUUGCUCUUUUAUGA